GGAUGCAAUUGCGGGAAGAGUAUCAGCAGCGAAUAAGUUCUGCAGAACGCAAGGUGUAUGCACUUACAAAGGAAAGAGACAUGUUACGGAGGGAGCAAAACCGGAAAAGUGAUUCCUCAGUGCUGCUAAAAGAGAAAGACGAAAUCAUUAAGGCAGUCAUGGCUGAAGGUGAAGAGUUGUCCAAAAAGCAGGCCUUCCUUGAAGGCACAAUCAAAAAGCUCCGCACUCAGGUUCGGGAGCUGGAGGAGGAGAAGAAUCGGUUAACGUCUAAACUUCAGGUAGAGGAGGCUAAGGUGGAGAGUAUGAGGAAGGAUAAGGCAGUCAAUGAGAAGGCUCUGCAAGAUGCAGUGGAAAAAUGCCAGGUUGAGCUGGCUUCCCAGAAAGAACUCUACAAUAAUGCUCUCAAUGAAUCAAGGGAAGCUGCAGCUCUAGCUGAGGCUCGAGUUGAUAAUGAAGCCCGGGCGGAUUUGGAUAGGCGAUUGAAAGAAGCUAGCGAGCGGGAAGCAACCCUUGGGCAGAACAUAGAUGAACUCCGUCAAGCUCUCACACGUACUGAGCAACAGGCUGCGUUCCGAGAGGACAUGUCUCGAAAUGAUAUCGAGGAUCUUGAAAAGCGUUGUCAGGCUGCUGAAGCACGGUAUGAAGAGCUCAGUUCGCGUAUGCCAGAAUCUACUAGACCCCUACUUAGACAUAUUGAAGCACUACAGGAAUCAAUGACAAUGCGCACAGAGGCAUGGAAUGGUGUGGAACGGUCAUUGGAUUCCCGUCUGCAGACAACAGAAGUCAGAGCUGCAGCAGCCCAAGAGAAGGAACGAGUAGUCAAUGAGCGUCUCAAUCAAACUUUGUCACGAAUGGCUGUCAUGGAAGCUCAGGUUAGCUGUGUCAGAGCAGAGCAAGCACAGCUUCAGCGGUCCUUGGAGAAGGAGAGGCAGCGAGCAUCUGAAAAUCGUCAGGAGUAUUUGACUGCUACAGAGGCUGCUGCUACUCAUGAAGGCCGGGCUCGCCAGCUUGAGGAGGAGAUCAAGAAAAUUCGCAAGCAGUAUAAGACUGAACUUCAUGAGGAGAAAGCUCGUCGGGAGGCUCUUGAACAGGAAGUUGAACAAGAACGGGCAGCAAUGGCCGAAUACGAGAAACGCAUUCGGGCAGAGGGUCGGGCUGCUGGAGAGAAAGCUGUUGCAGCCGCUCAACCCAACGACAUUGGAAAAGCUUUAAAACGGUGGCCCAGCAUGAGUAGUCAGGGCAGCGUGGAGGAGAGUCUUCUUUUACAAACCUCAUUUGACACUCAUCAAGACAAGUACUUUGAACAUAGUGAUAGUCACAGUUGCAGGUUCAGUUUUAGUGAUCGUCCUCCUUCUCCAGCAAUUCAUUUUGGGAAGUUUACGUACGAACAGCUUGAAAGUCAUCUACGGCAAAAGGAAGGAGAAGUGGCCUCUUAUGCUUCACGAUUGGUUGCUUUGGAGUUGGCUCAGGAUUCUUUAGCUGAAGAGUUGGUAAAGUCUACUACUCAGUUUGAGCAACUUCGAGCAGAAGCCAAUUUAUUGCCGGGUAUGCGGGCUGAGCUAGAGUCAUUGCGCCUCAGACACACGUCAGCCUUGGAGCUCAUGGGAGAGCGUGAUGAAGAGGUGGAGGAGUUAAGAGCUGAUUUGGCUGAUGUUAAACACAUGUAUCGAGAACAGAUUGACAUGUUAGUGGGCCAGAUUGAAAGGCUCAGUUCAGCUGUGGGGCGCAAGUAAUUUCAACUACAUAUAUAUUCUUCCAGGUUCUGACUGAAUGUCAUUGCUGUGUCACUGGUUGCACCCCUAAUCGGGUAGUCAUGCUACCUUGCGCAUCUCACGUCUUUGCACAUGUAAUCAGGUCAGUGGUCUGCCUCAAAUUGUUUGACGAUAUUUUUCAAAGCCUAAGAAAACCUUUUGCGUAGGAAUUGGUUCUAUUCAACCUAUAACCCAUAUCACCAAUUGUUUAAAAUGUAGUGAUCCGGUCAAAAACGUAAUGCACACGUUAGGAGUAAGGUAGUUUAGAAACAGAUUCGUUGAGAAUUGCGUCAUCCCCAUUCAUGACGCAUACCUUUUUGAUUCGUAAUAAAGCACAAAACUUGCAUUGGUGUCUAGUUGACUUAGACUUUAGUAGCUAAUCAAAUGCUUUCAGCCACAGAAUGAUGGCGUCCCUUGUUAUACAUAUCAAAUCUCAAGAAGAUGGGAUUUACAUCUGUGA